CAGCAGCAUUGCUUGUAAGGCAGGGCUGGGGAGUGAGGCAACAGGCACACCCUGUGCACAGACUGGGGAUCUUACAUUAGCAACUUCUCCUGAGUUCACCACAGCUCCAGCAGUGCCACCAUGCCCGUCAAAGGAGGAACCAAGUGCAUUAAAUACCUGCUCUUCGCCUUUAACUUCAUCUUCUGGCUGGCAGGAACAGCCGUGCUGGCAAUAGGACUAUGGCUGCGGUUCGAUAGCCAGACGAAGACCAUGUUUGAGGCAGAUUCCAACGCCAGUUCCUUUUAUACCGGAGUCUACAUCUUGAUCGGCGCCGGAGCCCUUAUGAUGUUGGUUGGUUUUCUCGGAUGCUGUGGUGCAAUUCAGGAGUCAGAGUGCAUGCUGGGACUGUUCUUUGCUUUCCUUCUGGUCAUUUUUGCCAUUGAAAUUGCUGCAGGAAUCUGGGGUUUCGCCAAUAAGGAUAAGGUGGUUGAGGAACUACAACAAUUUUAUACAGAAACCUAUUCUAAAUACUUGAACACCAAUGAAGCUGCCCUGAAAGAGACCCUGAAGUCAAUUCAUUACGCUUUGGACUGUUGCGGUUUAGUGGGCUCUGUGGAAAGUGUGCUGAUUGAUACUUGCUCCAAGACUGGGUUGGAAACAUUUACUGUCAAUGGUUGUCCAUCUCAAAUUGCAGAAAUUUUCAAUAAGAAGUUUCACAUCAUUGGAGCAGUUGGGAUUGGAAUUGCUGUGAUCAUGAUUUUCGGAAUGGUCUUCAGCAUGAUACUUUGCUGCGCCAUCCGAAACAACAGAGAGAUGGUAUAACGGAAGUGUAAAAAGUCAACCAAAACUUCAGUCGGGGGUGGGGGAGGGGAUAAAGGGACGAUGUCAGUCUUUAGUAUUUUGAAAAGCCUUUUCUAAAAAUAAAGUUGUGCUAUAUUUUUUAUUUUAAUGCAAGGCUUUCUCCUUGGCUUUAUUAUAUUUUAUUUUUUAUAAUUUUUUUUUUUAAUAUAAAGCUCGCUACUUGUCUGUAUGUUUCAGAUAUUCAACCAAUGAUACAAGGUACAUGAUUUGUUGAUAGGUUAAAUUUGUAUGUAUAUUGUAUAUCUACAUAAAGACCAUACUUUAGUUGA